AUGAGGGUGUGGGGCGGUGCUGCUGUGCGUGAAUCUGGCUGUCUAAAACCCUUCUUCCUCCCCAAUCUGGCCGUCCUUGCUUUCUUUAUAGAUGUAAUGCGACUAUGUUCUUCCCCCCUCGAAGCCUCUAUGGUGCCGCCUGCUCUUAGGAAUUGCAGUCCCUUGAGAUCGUGGUUCCCCUCUCCGCUUUGUGGAAGCCCCUUUAUGGCUGAGGCUCGUGAUGAGGCAAAGGCUGAUCAACAAAAGGAGGGGCCUAUGAUGGCUCUAAGGAGCUGGGAAUGGCAUCAGCUCGGAGCCGCUUCUUUCGAUUUUCUUCGAGUUAACACCUUGAACCUCAACUCCCUUCACUUGGUGGGGUCUCUAUCUCCUUCUAUAGGGAACCUCACCUUCCUUACCGGUCUCAACCUCGAACUCAACAACUUCCAUGGCCAAAUCCCACAAGAACUUGGGCGUCUGUCCAGACUCAGAGCUCUUAACUUGACCAACAACUCCUCCGGAGAGAUUCCUGCCAAUCUCUCCCGCUGCUCUAACCUCGUUUAUUUUCGUCUGGGCUUCAACAACUUAAUUGGGAGGAUCCCAUCUUGGCUUGGCUCAUAUCCAAAGGUUGUGAGGAUGCAACUUCACUACAACAAUCUGACCGGGCCAGUCCCAGAUUCUUUAUGA